CGAUAUCCCAUAAAGACUACUUAACAAUUUCGAUGCUUCUGAGUCGUUGCCAAUCUUCAAUUGUGGGGUUGAAAGUAAGACGCGCUUUCCGUCGGCAUUCAUUAGUUCCCGUAUUGAGGGGCUAGUGUCUUCCCCAUAUUAGAGAUUCGUCUCCCGGACCUUUCGGGGUAUCCAUUUCUUAUUGCGCUCUGAAAGGGGAAGAGGGCUGUUUGUGGGACAAAGAAAGUUUUGGAAGCCUUUGAGUAUCAACUUCGAAUUUUGGACUUCGACGGAGCCGAGUUAUCAAGAACAUCAUGAUCCCUUUGAUUAUGAACGGCGGGGUCAUUGGAGUGGCUUCAACGUUAGUACUCUGGAGUGUAAUAAGUUGUUUCGUAUAUCUCACAUCUCUUGCCAUAUACCGCCUCACACUGCAUCCUUUGGCAAAGUAUCCAGGACCAUUCUUCGCAAAAAUCACAGAUUGGUAUUCUGUAUAUCAGGCAUACAGCGGUGACCGACAAAUCGAUUUCUUUCACAAUCAUGCGAAAUAUGGACCCGUUUUCCGUUAUGGACCAAACAGUCUAUCCUUCAACACAAACACAGCACUGAAGUCCAUUUAUGGAGGCAAGCCGAAUGUCGAGAAAUCUCAAUUCUACUCUGUCUUCCCACCUAAGAAAGGACUCGAAAGCAUCCACAGCAGUAUCGACAAGGGUGCCCAUGCACGAAAACGUCGUGUUCUCUCCCAUGCCUUCUCAGAAACCGCCAUGAAGAGCAUGGAAAAGUAUAUCUUGACCAACAUCCGAAGUUUCUGCUCCAAGAUCGGGACUCAAUCUGGCUUGGCCAACUCAUCUGGAGCAAAAGGAGGAUGGGGAAAUCCUCUCAAUAUGGCUGACUGGUGCAACUACCUGACUUUUGACGUCAUGGGCGAAUUGGCUUUUGGAAAAGCAUUUGACAUGCUGGAGCAUGAGGAAGAGAGACACGUCAUUAAGCUGGUCGCAAAUGCUUCCUGGAUGCACUUGAUUCUCGGUUGUUAUCCCAUGAUGAAAACACUUGGGUUGAACAAAGUUCUGUUCCGGGAGAUCAAUAACACGAGAAUGCAAUACAUGGCAUACAGCAAAAAACAAUUCGGAGAGAGGAUGAAGAUCGGAUACGAAACUGAUCGCAAGGACUUCUUCUACUACUUGCUGAACGCCAAAGACUCAGAAACUGGCCGAGGAUUCACAUCGCCCGAACUCUUGGGAGAAAGCAACCUCAUCAUCAUCGCUGGAUCAGACACGACUUCCACGGCACUUGCAUCGUCAUUCUUCUACUUGACUCACAACCCAGAGACGAUGAAGAAACUGAGCGAAGAGAUUCUGUCUACGUUCUCGGACGUCGAAGAGAUCUGCCACGGGCCAACUCUGAAUUCGUGCCAUUACCUACGAGCAGUGGUGGAUGAAGCAAUGCGACUUUCUCCUCCCGUGGGUGGCAUGGUGCCUCGACGCGUCCUCCCAGGAGGAAUCGACAUCGACGGCCACCAUAUUCCAGAAGGUACCGAUGUGGGAGUCGCCGCAUACGCCCUACAACACAACGCGGCGUACCACCCUGAGCCAUCAAGAUUCAUUCCCGAACGCUGGAUCCCUGAUUCCGGACCUGGCAUCACACAAGAUAGUGUGUCUGUCACUAACUCAGCAUUCUCUCCCUUCAGUAUCGGGAGCAGGGCAUGUAUCGGCAAGCCAUUGGCAUACGCCGAGGUGAUGAUGGCGUUGGCUCGCGUUGUGUAUAGGUACGAGUUCAGACUUGCUCCCGGUACAACGGCGGGAGAAGGAAGUCCGGAGCUGGGUUGGGGGAGACAAGAUAGGGAGGUGUAUCAAUUGAAGGACGCGUUCACGAGCUUCAAGGAUGGGCCGUACGUCCAAUUUCGGGAGAGACAGGUGGUUGCAUGAUCGUCGGGAGUUGUGGUACGUCGGAAAGGAAGGCUAGAUUGAUCGAGUUCCUGUACAAUCAGUUAGUGUAAGUUAGGCCUUCGUGGACGAGAGCACAGGGUAGAUUGCAGAACACGGCGUUCUUGAUAUUGAGGAUUGUGAGCUGUCAAUUCGCUCCGUUGUGAAUAUACUUUGAUGUUUCGGUAACCAUUCUCGCGUUACAUUGAUGAAUAUUGCAGCGGAGCAAGCCGCAGUACUAUAUCAUGUCUACAGUCCAGCCUGUCCCCGGAGACCUGCGUGGUAAUACACUUGUGUACAUAUCUCGGC